AUGGCGGAACCGAUGACAUGGGGCAAAGAUGCUGGAUGCGACUUUCUGACCAAGACGUGUGUAGCAGAGAGCCAUACUCAAUACCCCCAGAUGUUCUGCAAUGCAGCAGAUACGGCACUCCGUUGUACGUCUGAUCGCUUUGCCGUAGGGCAUUGCUCUUCGCUCGGUGGGAAUGUUGGUGAGUUUGGGGAGACAUGCCCAACUGUUGCAGAGUAUUUUACAAAGGAUGACUCUCCUAAUACCAGUGUAUGUGGCUCAAAACAGAAAAUGAAUCUCUCUGUGUCACUUUCGGACAGCAAUUCGUGGUGCUUGGAUACGGUGGCGUUGCCCUCAACUACGGUGGGGAGCGGCACUCCUCCUAUUACCGGUGGUGUGUGUGCAAAUGUGAAAUGCACCGACGGCAGGGUGCAGGUGCAGCUGGAAGGGAGCGACGGCACUAAGGGGUGGCAGAACUGCCCUGAGGGCACAUCCAUUCCGCUGACGACGACGACGACGCCUUCUUCCUUAUCGGGAAAAAGUAUUCUGUGCCCCAAGUUCGGCGAGGUGUGCACCAUCCACCCCGACGGAAGCAGCAAAUUUGGAACCGUAUAUGUGGAACCGCCACCGGUAAAGGCACCUGAACCAGCGGCACCAGCACCUGAACCCGUUGCACAACCCCCAGUUGUUAAAGACCCGCCUGCCGCUGUGGACCAAAAAUCGGAGGACACAGUGAGGAACGCGACUCCUGCCACUACAGACACCNCCCGCCUGCCGCUGUGGACCAAAAAUCGGAGGACACAGUGA